AUGACCUCCAAGAAGCCAAUAUGUGAUCGGUUUGUGGUGUUGUUUUCUGUGUCGAUUGCAUGGACAUGUGCUGGAAUCUUGACAUGGAGUGGUGCAUACAACAAAUCUACAGACACUUUAAACACUUGUCGAACAGAUCAUUCUGGACUCAUACAUGGAGCUCCUUGGAUCUAUGUUCCUUAUCCAUUUCAAUGGGGUACUCCUACUUUUGAUGUUGGUGAAGUUAUCACCAUGAUAGUUGCUUCUUUCGUCUCUUCCAUUGAGUCAACAGGGUCGUUUAGUGCAUCAGCAAGAUAUGGAAGCGCCACUCCUGUCCCACCUUCUGUUUUGAGCCGUGGUAUUGGCUGGCUGGGAGUAGGGACUUUCAUCGGUGGCAUGUGUGGAAAUGUUACUGGAUUUGCUGCAUCCAUUGAAAAUUCUGGUGCAUUGGCUUUAACUAGAGUUGGGAGUCGACGUGUGAUUCAAAUAUCAGCUGCUUUUAUGAUCUUCUUCUCAGUCUUUGGAAAGUUUGGAGCUUUUUUUGCUUCAAUACCUUUACCAAUCUUUUCAGCUUUAUACUGUAUCUUGCUUGGUUGUGUAUCUUCAGUAGGUCUAGGACACUUGCAGUUCUGUAAUCUCAACAGUUUCAGGACCAAAAUCAUAUUAGGCCUUUCUUUCUCCCUUGGACUUUCACUUCCACAGUUCUUUCGAGAACAUUGGGUCUCCAAUCAUGGCCCCAUGCACACCCAUGCAAAAUGGUUUGACAACAUGGUGUCGGUGGUGUUGAUGUCACAUGCAAGUGUUGCAGUGAUGAUUGCAGUGAUAUUGGACUGCACGAUUACUCAUGGGAAAAACGAGAAUGGGAAAGAAUGGUGGGAGAAGUUUGCAGUGUAUGGAAAAGAUGUUCGAAGUGAUGAGUUUUAUAAACUUCCAUGGAAACUUAACAAGUUAUUCCCAGCGUUAUAA